UCUCACUAUGAAUCACUUCUGCAGUGAGUGCAGUAUUUACCCUGGUGGGAGGGCCCCUCAGAUAUGAGUAGGACCCGGAUUAAGGUCAGGUUGGAGGAGACUCCCACGGGAUAAGAGGGACUUUCUGAAUCUCAGAUCCCUCAGCCAAGAUGACCUCACCACAUGCCCUCUCUUCUAUCAGCAAAUCUGUUCAUGUGGCUUGACCAUGUCUGGGAAACACCUUUGCUAAAAAUCAGUGGAGAUUAUUGUCUCAGAGGAUCCCAGAACCUCCUUAGGCAAAUGUUACCUAACGCUCUUUAAGCAAACAGAGCCUGCCCUAUAAAAUCCGGGGCUCGGACGGCAUCUCAUCCCUGACUCGGGGUCGCCUUUGGAGCAGAGAGGAGGCAAUGGCCCCCAUGCAGAACAAGGUGAUCUGCGCCCUGGUCCUGGUGUCCAUGCUGGCCCUUGGCACCCUGGCCCAGUCCCAGACAGAGACAUGUACAGUGGCCCCCCGUGAAAGACAGAAUUGUGGUUUUUCUGGUAUCACGGCCUCCCAGUGUGUAAGUAGGGGCUGCUGUUUCGAUGACAGCGUUCGUGGGUUCCCCUGGUGCUUCCAUCCUAACACCAUCGACAUCCCUCCAGAAGGUACGACCUUUUUAUACCAUGGGUUCUGAAGAUUUAGAAUUAGUUAGAAAAGCCACAUAAGACUGCAGAGGCUCUGAUCGGCAUCACCAGCUGUGCCUUUCCCCAGAGUCGUGGCCGCAGGUGGUGGCACAAUGGGGUAGCCUGAGUCAGGCUGCAUUCAGGUCCGGGAAUAGAAAGGCAAGGCUGAGGGGCUUGGGAAGAAACCUGAUUUUUCCCCGGCUUCUCUUCACAUCUCUAACCAAAAGCCUGUGAAGAGCCACUGUUGGUAAUGUUUUCCAGCUUGCCUAGGAUA